CGUGAACACAACACUGGGAAGAAAGUCUCCCCGCGCAUGACCGUCAGAAACGAGCUGGCCUAUAAGCGAUGAUGGCCGCUACGGUUGAAGAGCUCUAUCGAAACUACGGGAUCCUUGCAGACGCCAAGGAGGAUCUUAGCAAGCAUAAAGAUGCCUACCAGGUUAUUCUGGAUGGUGUGAAGGGAGGUCCAAAGGAGAAGAGAUUGGCUGCACAGUUCAUUCCAAAGUUCUUCAGCAGUUUUCCAGAGAUGGCAGACGCUGCAAUUAAUGCACAGUUGGAUUUGUGUGAAGAUGAAGAUGUAUCUAUCCGCAGACAGGCCAUCAAAGAGCUCCCACGCUUUGCUGCUGGGGAGAAUUUACCCAGAGUAGCAGACAUCCUCACACAACUACUGCAAACAGAUGACUCUGCAGAAUUCAACCAAGUAAACGGUGCAUUAAUCUCCAUAUUCAAAAUUGAUUCUAGAGGGACUCUUGGAGGUCUGUUUAGUCAGAUUCUGCAAGGAGAGGACGUGGUAAGAGAACGGGCAAUAAAAUUCCUCUCCACCAAGAUGAAAACCAUGCCAGAUGAAACCAUGACCAAGGAGGUAGAGGAUUACAUCUUCAUAGAGACAAAAAAGGUACUGGAGGACGUGACGGGAGAGGAGUUUGUGCUGCUGAUGCGUGUGCUGUCAGGCCUGAAGUGCCUGCAGACAGUGAGCGGACGUCAGCAGCUUGUGGAGCUAGUGGUGGAACAGGCCUUCCUGGAGCAGGCACUGAACCCGACCGACACUGACGGUGUGGAUCGCCUGCUGCAGUGCACACGUCAAGCACUGCCUCUCUUCUCGAAAAAUGUGCAUUCCACUCGAUUUGUGACAUACUUCUGUGAACAUGUCCUACCCAACCUCAGCAUGCUCACCUGUCCUGUGGCACAACUGGAUAUCCAGCUUGAAGUCCUCAAGUUGUUGGCUGAGAUGAGCCCAUUCUGUGGUGACAUGGACAAACUUGAAGCCAACCUCAUGAUGCUGUUUGAGAAACUGCUGGAGUUCAUGCCGCUGCCUCCUGAAGAAGAAAAUGGUGAGAAUGCUGUGAGUGAGGAACCCAAGCUCCAGUUUAGCUAUGUGGAGUGCCUACUCUUCAGCUUCCACCAACUUGGCAAAAAGUUACCAGACUUCCUUAUUGACAAGAUCAAUGCUGAAAGAUUAAAGGACUUCAAGAUUAGGCUACAGUACUUCGCACGAGGGCUGCAAGUGUACAUCCGGCAACUCCGCGUGGCAUUGCAAGGCAAAACUGGUGAUGCACUAAAGACUGAGGAGAAUAAAAUCAAAGUUGUGGCUUUGAAAAUCACCAACAACAUCAAUGUCCUUAUUAAGGAUCUCUUCCACAACCCUCCGUCCUACAAAAGCUCUGUAACCCUGUCCUGGAAACCAGUGCAGAAGACAGAAGCACCAGUUGUUCUGGGACAGAAACGCCCAUCAGGAGAGGACAUGCCAACAGGAAAAAAGGUUUCUCCAUUGCCAAGGAGGGAUGCACGGCAAAUAUACAACCCUCCCAGUGGGAAAUACAGUGCCACCAUUGGCAACUUCUCCUAUGAGCAAAGAGGUGGGUUUAGAGGCGGCCGUACCCGCGGCUUUGGCGGAAGAGGAAACAGAAGUCGAGGGCGGAUCUACUGAAUGGGCACUCAAUACAUUUUCUAGACAUCUGUAAACACCUGCAGGACUGCCAUGCAUCUACACAUUCACUAUUCAGAAAGCAUCAGACCUGUUCAUUUUCACACUUUUACCAUUUAGUGUGCUCUACGCAUCCAUGACUCUGCUCCUCAAGUUUGUUCCUGUCUCUUCAGUAUGUAAUUGUGGGAAUUCUGCAACAUUAUCCUCCCCCAGUAAAUCUUUUUUUCUCCUCCCUCUUCUCUGGGCCCUUUUAUGGAGCAGACACUGCAGAGGUGUAAUUUUGGAUUGUUUUUGUAUGGUGACACAUCCUUUGUACUUUUUUUAACCUUAUAGUUUUUCAGCGCUUUUGUUGGAUAAAUUGUCCUCACAUGACUUUGUAAGAUACAAUUAUGUUUUCCUUCUGCAUUUUAUUAUAAACUAGUUCUAGUCUAAAUUUUUUGCUGUCAGUGUUUGGUAAUUUUUGGAAGAGAUAUUUAAGUUUGUACUAGAUCUGCUUUCAUGCCCUGAUCUGGGCUUUGCUUCAUUUUUGGUAAGUAUGUGAAAAAAUUAUUUUUAGCAAUGUAAUACUUGAUGACAUUGUCCUCAUAGAUGAUUAGCGUCUUGAGUCCAUUAUAUAAUGGAAAUUGCAAUCACUAAAUUCUUACAUUUUUAGACAACUUUUUCAUGAUCUUUGGGUGUGUGGGGGUUUUUCGUUUGUUUGUUUUUCUUGCAUGCAUAUUUACGAGACUUUGAAAAGUUAUUUAAGUGUUUGGAUUAAAAAAAAAUCAAAUUGCUGUA